CCCACACUUGUAGAAAUUCUCUUCCCCACGGCUCCCCCACCCAAGAUACUGACGCGGGAAAACGAACCGCAGCCUCAGAGGGUAUUUUCGUCAAGCGACCUCCCUUACAAAUUCGUGUCCCUCCAUUCCUGUGGCCAAGAAAGACUCUUCGGCGUCUUCGCUCCCCACCGUAAUAUACAAUCCCGACUGCACAAUAUUCGCUUUCACUCUGCAAACACAGACGCCUAGUCAUCCACCACACACACGCACACCACGGUUCAUGGCCGGCACGAGUGCCUCCUUGGCGCCGCACGUUAUCGGGUCCACGGUCGUCGAACUAUCCAGAACCAACCGCACCGGAGCCCCGUUUUCCAGUCGGAUCUCCACGAAGGCCAGCGUAGCCCCCGCCCGCGACAACGCUCUCGCCGAGGGUCCCUCCUGCAUCUUCGUAGGGCCCGUCGAGACGGCCAGCAAAGAAACCCUAGAAGCUCUCUAUCUCCAAGCACGGGAUGCGUAUUACAGCGGUAAACCUUUGAUAGUUGAUGAUAUGUUUGAUAGAGUAGAGUUAAAGCUACGGUGGUUUGGUUCCAAAUCGGUGGUCAAGUACCCGCGCUGUAGUCUUAGGCGGCAAUCAGCCUAUGCGGAUGCAGAGGAAGAUCUAUCACAGGUUUUUGCAUUAGCGAGCAUAUGGGUCCUGUUUCUUGGAUUUGGCAGUUCAGCAUGUGUUUUGCCUAUAAUAUACACCGUGGCCCUAGCUUAUCAAGAUGCAUUCGGUUCGGGAUUUUCCAAUGGCAGUCAAGCAUCUGUGGUAGAGUUGCUUACCACGGUGAAUGGCAUUCUCUUCAUGGCAUUGGGAUCUGUGAUUGGCUACCCAAUUGCAUCAGCUUCAGUUAAAGUGCUUCAAGGCCUGUGGAAGAAUGACUUGGUAGCACUUAAAGGGGCAUGCCCAAAUUGUGGGGAGGAGGUGUUUGCAUUUGUGAAACCAGAUCACUCUAAUAAGAGCCCCCAUCGAGCAGAUUGUCAUGUUUGUGAAUCCUUAUUAGAAUUCCGCACCAAGGUUGAGCCAUCAGUUUCAAGACUUGGUAGAGGGUGGGUUUAUGGCCGCAUAUAUCUUGUUUCACGAAGAGGCGGAAACAGGCGUCAGAGAUGGGUCUAAAAUCUCUGCCUAGUACUUUGAUCUCAGAAGAUUUGUGUAAAGUAUCACAAUUCAUUACUCCCUUUUUUUUUGGUCGGUGAAUUAGUGGUAAUCCUAACAAAAAUUCAUUUGCUACAAGUCAAAGGACAGCUGGCCUUUUUGUAUUGUAGAAUUAACAAUGAGACUCCUGGGUUUAAGUUCUAGUAAAAUAUUGUAUAUUAUCACUAUAUUUCCUGGUUCCCCCAGAAAAGCAACGGCUAUAUUUGGUUC